UCCUUACCUUACCUAGGCGAUGAAUUGUCACAACGAUUAUGAAUGGAGAGAACAAUUAUUAAAUACAACCAUUGUGAAAAGGCCAUAUAUCGUUUUUCGGUUGCAAAUGUAGAUAUGGGAGAUCCAGGAGAAAAUGAAUUCAAACAUUGUCCCAUCUGUUCUGAGACUUUAAUGUUUGACCUCCUCAACGCACCUGUAAGCAUUCCGAGUCCAUUUGUGAAUGGACACAAAGUUCCUUGUGCUUUUGCGAUCGGAUCUGUGCACGGACCGUCUUUUCUCGGGGAGUGGCAUGACACGGAGCUUCACGUUGGCAUAACAGAUUCAACAGGUGUGGUAUAUAACUAUACCUUAUCUGGACUCCGGAGAGAUGAACAUGGCUGGGAGAAAUGUGUAUGUUUGCAAUUAGUCCCACCUUGGAGAGACCACUUAAAACAUACCUGGGACAAGGAGCUUGAACAGUUCUGUUCGCUCUCUACUUGGGCUCCAGAACGGUUUGACGAGGAGAGGGAGUUUGGAUCCUGCUGCUAUGGGUUUGCCCUCACCUUUAUAAAUCACAUGCGUACCCUGGAAGGGCAGCCCUCUCUGAGUAGAGAGGAAUUCACAGGCACUCACAUUCUGCCCAGAGUUAAGACAGCCUCAAAAUACAUCAGAGUUUAUCAGGAAAUAUCACACAAUGGGCUUUAUAUUGCUGACCAAAUGGAAAUGACUCGACUUGAAUUGUGACAACAGAUCACUGCUGAAGAAUACACGUGCACAUGAGAAUAGUGAUGAAAAUUAAACUUGUAAGUGAAUCAAAACAAAUGAUGUAAAAUGUAUACAAACACAGAUACAAAAUAGAUAUGUAAAUACUCUGAGCAGUUUUCUCACGGUCCAGCUUUCAGGACUGAGCACAAAGAGCUGUGUGCUGUGUACAUUGUACUGCACAUGGUGCGCUGUACCUCACUACAGCCAUAUAAACUACACACAUGUGAUACCGGUGCACUGUGUCUGCUCUCAAAAGGCUCAGAAUUGUGUUUCAGCGUGUCUUCUAUCACACAGGGUAGAGGCGCUUUGUUCUGUCCAUCUGCUGCUGUGGGGGUUAAAGAUGAAGAUCGUAUUGCAUCAUGCACAGGCCCUUUCCUGUGCUCUGAUUGCCACUCAUGCAUAGCUUUCAAUUGAACUAAGUGAAAAAAGAAACACUAACUGUUUCUUAUCGCUUCACUGAGCAUGUCUUAAUUCAUCUUGUAAUUAAAAGGGAAUGGAAUAGUUUCAUAAUACUAUGGAACAUGAUACUGGUUGAUAAAUUGCAAU